CGUCACUUCUGCGUAUUCGCCCUCAGUUUCCCCGGACAAGAUGCUGUGCGUACUAUCUACUCCUCCAUCCUCAGCCAGCACUUGAGCAUGAUUAAUUGUCCUGCGCCAGUGCAGAAAAUGUCUCUCUCCGUGGUAGAGGCGGCAAUGGCCUUCCACACUCGAGUUGCGGCCUCAUUUCUUCCGACUGCGGUCAAGUUCCAUUACUCCUUCAAUUUGAGAGACCUUUCAAACAUCUUCCAGGUAAUCAUUUUGUGA